AUGGCGCGAAGGGAAACGUCUCGAAAGGGCACUGCAAAGGGAAAGAGAAGCAGCCCAACGCGAGACCUCAUCCGGGCACUUGAAUCAUGUGAGCGUUAUUCGAGCACCGAGACGAGAACAACCGAGAACGGUUGGAGUGCUGGAUAUCAAUCAUCGGAGUGGCUAUCGGCGAUCGCAGGCUUGCAGCAUAUCCCAUGUUGCUGGCCUUUUCUUGCCAUCUGGCUAGUUCAUUACGCUUGUCAUAAUGAUGAUACUGGAGGGACGUGUCGAUUCUUU